UACCGCAGCAGGAGGAGGCCGGGCGGCCGGCGCGACGGGCACAUGGCGUCCAUCUUACUGAGGAGUUGUCGCGGCCGCGGGCCCGCUCGCCUCCCGCCGCCCCGCGCCGCCGCGCCGAGGGGUCCUGUUGGGAAUCCGGCCUGCCUUAGUGGUGCCAGCGCUGUGGGGUUGAUGAGCUACGUGCCUAUUCCGUUGGGCGGCUGCACUGCCGUCCACCCCGUAUACCUUUCCUUCCGCGGUGACCCCCUGGGCUGCUGGACGCUGAGGCCCAAGCACGCAUGCGCGGUGCUCACGGGGCCGAGGCUUCUCCCUGCACGCUGCUGGCACUCCUCGCGUCCGCUGGGUGAUGACUCCGUGGUGGAGAAGUCCCUCCGGUCUCUCAAGGACAAGAACAAGAAGCUGGAGGAAGGCGGCCCCGUGUACAGCCCGCCCGCACAGGCGGCGGUGAGGAAGCCCCUGGGGCAGCGAGUCCUGGACGAGCUGAAGCACUACUACCACGGCUUCCGCCUGCUCUGGAUCGACACCAAGAUCGCCGCGCGCAUGCUCUGGCGCAUCCUCCACGGCCACAGCCUGACCCGCCGCGAGCGCAGGCAGUUCCUCCGCAUCUGCGCUGACCUCUUCCGCCUCGUGCCCUUCCUGGUCUUUGUGGUGGUGCCCUUCAUGGAGUUCCUGCUGCCCGUCGCUGUGAAGCUCUUCCCCAACAUGCUGCCGUCCACGUUCGAGACCCAGUCCAGCAAGGAGGAGAGGCUGAAGAAGGAGCUGCGGGUCAAGCUGGAGCUGGCCAAGUUCCUUCAGGACACCAUCGAGGAGAUGGCCCUGAAGAACAAGGCUGCCAAGGGGAGUGCCACCAAAGACUUCUCCGUGUUCUUCCAGAAGAUCCGCGAGACGGGUGAGAGACCCAGCAAUGAGGAAAUCAUGCGUUUUUCCAAGCUGUUUGAGGACGAGCUGACCCUGGACAAUCUCACGCGCCCACAGCUGGUGGCGCUGUGCAAGCUGCUGGAGCUGCAGUCCAUCGGCACCAACAACUUCCUGCGCUUCCAGCUCACCAUGAGGCUGCGCUCCAUCAAGGCGGACGACAAGCUGAUCGCCGAGGAGGGCGUGGACAGCCUGAACGUCAAGGAGCUGCAGGCGGCGUGUCGGGCGCGAGGCAUGCGGGCCCUGGGUGUCACAGAAGACCGCCUGCGGGACCAGCUGAAGCAGUGGCUGGAGCUGCACCUGCACCAGGAGAUCCCGACAUCGCUGCUCAUCCUGUCCCGGGCCAUGUACCUUCCUGAGACCCUGUCACCCGCCGACCAGCUCAAGUCCACCCUGCAGACCCUCCCGGAGAUCGUGGCGAAGGAAGCCCAGGUGAAGGUGGCCGAGGUGGAGGGCGAGCAGGUGGACAACAAGGCGAAGCUGGAGGCCACGCUGCAGGAGGAGGCGGCCAUCCAGCAGGAGCACCGCGAGAAGGAGCUGCAGAGGAAGAGCCAGGCGGCCGCGGCCCAGGCAGCAGAAGUGGAGCCCAAGGUGGUGGCCGAAGGUGCCCCGGGGAGGCCGGUGGCUGAGCUGCAGCCGGAAGAGCCUGCUGUGACCCUGCCUCCCGAGGUCUUGAAGGACAGCGCGCCCGUCCUGGAAGGCUUGAAGGAAGAGGAAAUAACUCAAGAGGAAAUUGAUGUACUCAGCAAUGCGUGCUCGAAACUGAAGGAGCAGAAGAAAUCCCUGACGAAGGAGAAGGAGGAGCUGGAGCUGCUAAAGGAGGACGUCCAGGACUACAGCCAGGAUUUACAGGAAAUCAAGAAGGAACUUUCAAAGACUGGCGAAGAAAUGUAUGUGGAAGAAUCUAAAGCCAGCAAGAGGCUGACCAAGCGGGUGCAGCAAAUGAUCGGGCAGAUGGACAGCCUGCUGGCGCAGCUGGAAGCUGACCAGAAGGCAGGCAAGCUGGGCCCUGCCGCUGAGGGCGCGCCUGCAGGGGAGACUGUGAUCAGCGUCUCCGAGCUCAUCAGCGCCAUGAAGCAGAUCAAGCACAUUCCUGAGAGCAAGCUGCUGAGCCUGGCCUCGGCGCUGGACGACAACAAGGAUGGCAAGGUCAACAUUGACGACCUCGUCAAGGUCAUCGAGCUGGUGGACAAAGAGGACAUCCACAUCUCCACCAGCCAGGUGGCCGAGAUCGUGGCCACGCUGGAGAAGGAGGAAAAGGUGGAGGAGAAGGAGAAGGCCAAGGAGAAGGCAGAGAAGGAGGCGGCCGAGGUGCAGAACUAGGGCCGGCCCAGCCCCCGGCAUGCGGGCCCCCACGCACCCCCUCCCGCCGCAGUGGUCCCGACGUGAUGCUGAUUGCUUUGAAGUGAUUCUUAGUGACGGACCUAAUAUUUUAUCUGUAAUAAAUCAGAAACUUCAUAAUCAAGUAACUUUUAACACUCAUCAUUCCAUGAAGAUUGAGUCAGCUCGGAGCCCUCGUGCCCAUCCUGGGAGGCUUCUCUGGGUCAGCAGGGGCCUCGUGCUGUGGGGUCCCAGCCAUGGUGGGCUAGGGCGGCCGGCCGGCGAGGAUUGUGGCCCUGCACACCCCCCGGCUCCUAAGGCGGCUCGGGCUUUCCCGCUCACCCCCUGCUGGUGUCUGCCGCAGAGGAGAGGACCCGCCACAGGGGUGCACCGGGCAGACACAGCCUCCUCAGCCUGGAGAAGCUGUUUUGCAUGUCGCGGACUUAGAUUCCUGAGUGUCGGUGUGAACCAGUGAGCAGACCACACCUGCCAUCUCCGUGGCUCCCAGGAACCUCGUCUGAUGCUCUUGUGUGGGCAUCCACGUCCUUUCCUGAGUGACCUUGGAUUCUCACCUAAUCCUUCAACCAACUAGCUAGCGCUGAGCUUCCUCGUGCGCCAGCCAGUCUGUCCAGCUGAGCAAAGUGAGUGUCAGUUACGCUGGGAGAGGUACUGAUGAAGCCCUUGAAGAUGAAGCCUCCCCUGUGCAGGAAUUGGUCAUGCUUCUAGACUGGGAUGUCAUCGCCUCACCCCCCAUUCUGGGUGUUCAGAUGGAUUUCAUUGCAUCUCACUACAGAGGGCGCUCAAGGGGCCUGUCUGUGUCCGCCUGAGGCCCCUGGCCACAUGCAUGCCGCAGGUCAGGGAGCCGGGUGGCCGUGGCCCAGCACCGUCUGGCUCUCCCUCUGGAAGCUUGGCAGAGCCAACCAGAGCGCUCCGUAGGGAACCGACGUGGGUCCUGGGAGAUGGGGGGCUGGUGGGGCUGGCGGAAUGAGCGAAGGGGACAGCUUCUAGAUGAUUUGAAACCUGGUGCUCAGCCGAUGACGGACCUUGGACAAGAGUAGCAGCUCUGAGUCCUCCUCUGGACACCCAUGUGAGGGGGCAGUGGGUGCUAAAGGUUUUUAUUUCAGUUAUUUAAGGGGGCAUGUUCUAGAGGCUUCCUUGGUAUUUAUGAGUUAUCUCACGUGUUUAGUGUCCCAGUUUUCCGCUGCAGAAAUGUGUGUGCUUGUGAACCUUGUGGUGGCUGGCGUGCUUGAGGAGAGGCUGGUCUUUUCCGGCUCCAUCCUCAUCUCGCCGCCUUUGCCGGGCGCCUGGGGUGGCCCCCCCAUGCUCUCAAGCCCCCGACCUCCCCGCAGGGCCUGCCAUAGGCAGCAGGCAGCCCCCUGCUCCCACUGCCCCCACCCCAGCGCGGCGGGCCCCUACUCUGGCAUCUGUACCCCGGGCCUGUCUGCUGCAGGCUUCCCCUUGGAGUCGCUUGUUUUUAUUGUCCUGAACUUAUAUUUAUUACAUCUGAGGUGAGUGCCUGGGUGCGGGCGUAAUGGGUGAACAGUGCUGGGAUUGAGCGUGGGGUGUGAUGCGGCGUUGGGCUGGCUGGCUGUCGGCUGGGUGCCCGGGGCCUGCACCCACCUUCCUGAGCUUUCUCGGGAGUGCACUCGAGUCCCCGGGGCGAUGACACUGUGCCCACUGGAAGCACGACGGCAUUCUUUCUGCUUUGCACCAGCUGAACACCCCCCUGUUAUGAAGGAUUCAGGAGACUGACGUAGCUUCCAGAGUCACUUUGGAAUAUCCAAUUUCAGAUUUUAAAAGCAAAGGUCACCGUGUAAUUUGUGCGGCAUCACCUCCAGGCAGUGACCCUCAUAGUAGGCCCAGGACCAGCUUCGCCUGAGGGCUGCCUCCUUGGGCUGUGUGUAAACACCUUUUCUAGAAAUAGCUUUUUUUAUUAAAAUAUCAAACUCAUGUUCAUGUAACA